AUGGAAUCAUCUCAACAGAAAAGCGAUCAGCUUCAGAAAGAAGCGAGCGAUAUCAUGAAGGAGCUCCUAAAGACACCGCAGCAAGACCAAGAGCACCAAGAACCUCAGAAUCAGCCUAUAAAGACAACGACUUUAGUAAGACAACUCUUUAUUGGCAAUCUCCCUUUCCGUGUGAGGUGGCAGGAUAUCAAAGACUUGUUCAGAAAGGCUGGCCCAGUGCUGAGAGCAGACGUCGCCUUAAAUCACCAUGAUAACAGAUCAAAAGGCCAUGGUACCAUUCUUUUUGCAACUGUAUCCGAUGCUCAAAACGCUAUAGACAUGUUCAAUGGAUACAAAUGGCUAGGACGUAUAUUGGAAGUAAGAGGAGACCGUGGAUUUGUGGAUCAUACUCAGCAACAAGUCGCUGCUGUUGAUUCAUCAACUACUACAGCGACAACAGUAACAACCAUGUCUCCAAAGGCAGAGAAAGGGUCAAUGGUGGAGGAACAGCUGGUUGCACCAUCAAUAUCAGCAACCACAGCAGCAACUUCACCCACCAAGAAGCAACAGCCAAAAGACACACACGAAGAUGACCAAUGCAAGCAAGUGUUUGUGGGAAAUUUGCCUUUUAAUUGUCAAUGGCAGGAUCUCAAGGAUUUAUUCAGGCACUCAGGGCGAAUCAUCAGGGCUGAUGUGGUGCUGAAUUUUGAGGGUCGCAGUAGAGGGUUUGGCACAGUGCUAUUCAGCUCGCAUGACGAUGCAAAAAAGGCCAUUGAGAAAUUCAACGGAUACGAGUACAACAACCGAAUUUUGAGAGUGCAUUUCGAUAAAUUUGCUGCUAGUCAUCAGAGAUUCAGAGAGCAUGAAGCAGAAACAUAUGGACAACGACAAAUUCAUGACCCUGCGUCAGUUGAGUUACUACGACAAACCUACUUGCCUCAGCAAACUGCAUACCAGAAUAUGAUGGGCGGGUUCGUCAAUCCUUCGUUAUUGAUUCCAAUGCAAACAACGUCCUAUCCUUACCAAUCAUCUCCACAGCAACAGCAUCAACACUAUCAGCAACAGCCGCUCACCGAUCCCGCAUCCUCUCAUGUCACGACCGAAACAGCUGAAUCAAAGGCAUCACCUACGCCUGCUGCUUUGUACAAUACUUACCCUACCUUACCAAACAGUCUAAGCGAUCCGAUUGGCUUUCACUCGCAACAUCAUUAUCAAAGUAACCCCUUCUCUUUCACCAACAGUAGCUACACACCGUCAGCCUAUAACCCUAAUAUGAUGAACAAUGAUAGACACAUCCAUGCAGAUGCCUACGGAAAUCCAGUGGCGUUCAAUCCAUACCUAUACUCUACCCAUCAAUGGCUGCCGCAUCACUACACUGCUGGAUCAAGCUCACAGCACUAUUAUCCUCAUCAGCAAGAAGGAGAAACGGAACAAGAAACUUUAUCGAGUACUUUAGAAAGACUUUCUUUGUCGAAUAGCGAAAUUGAUUCAGCUGGACUGAGCAAUCGCAACGAUGCUACUAUUCGCAAUAGCCCUUCGUGGAACAACAUGCCAGUUUUUCCAGAAAAAUAA